CGAGGGACUCUGCCGGCGGCCGAGGCGGCCGGACCUCGGGACGCCGCGCCCGACACAUGGACGGUCACCGUCACGACGAUGCUGAGAAGCGAGAGGUUCUUCAGAACAAGAAAAAAGCCGUCCUAGUGGACGGUGUCGUUCUGAAUGGCCCUACAACCGACUCAAAAGCUGGGGAGAAAUUUGUGGAAGAGGCCUGUAGGCUGAUAAUGGAAGAGGUGAUCCGGAAGGCUCCCGAUGUCACGGAGAAGGUUUGUGAGUGGCAGCCUCCUGAGAAACUGAAAGAGCUUCUUGACCUGGAGAUGAGGGACACGGGAGAACCUCAUCAAAGACUCUUGAAACUUUGCCGGGACGUAAUACGAUACAGCGUCAAAACCAAUCACCCAAGAUUUUUCAAUCAGUUGUAUGCCGGAAUCGACUACUAUUCCUUGGUUGCCCGAUUCAUUACGGAAGCAUUAAACCCGAGUGUGUAUACGUAUGAAGUAUCCCCAGUGUUUCUCCUAGUUGAAGAAGCAGUUCUGAAGAAAAUGAUUGAAUUUAUUGGCUGGAAAGAAGGAGAUGGCAUUUUUAAUCCGGGUGGCUCUGUGUCCAAUAUGUACGCAGUCAAUUUAGCUAGAUACAAUUAUUGUCCCGAGAUUAAGGAAAAAGGGCUGUCAGGCUUGCCAAGACUUGUUCUUUUUACAUCUGAAGAGUGUCACUACUCCAUGAAGAAGGCUGCGUCUUUCCUGGGCAUUGGUACCGAGAAUGUUUAUUUCGUGGAGACAGAUGGAAGAGGUAAGAUGAUACCUGAGGAACUGGAGGAACAAGUCCAGCGGGCCAGGAAAGAGGGAGCAGCACCUUUUCUUGUCAGUGCUACUUCUGGCACAACCGUUCUGGGAGCAUUUGAUCCUCUGAAUGAAAUAGCAGAUAUCUGUGCAAAAUACGGACUUUGGCUGCAUGUGGAUGCAUCUUGGGGUGGCUCAGCUUUGAUGUCAAGGAAGCAUCGCAAGCUUCUGAAUGGCGUCCAAAGGGCUAACUCUGUAGCCUGGAAUCCUCAUAAAAUGCUCAUGGCCGGAAUCCAAUGCUGUGCUUUUCUGGUGAAAGACAAAUCUGACCUGCUUAAGAGAUGUUAUUCUGCAAAGGCAUCGUACCUUUUCCAAGAGGAUAAGUUUUAUGACGUCAGCUACGAUACAGGAGACAAGUCUAUCCAGUGUAGCAGACGGCCCGAUGCGUUCAAAUUCUGGAUGACCUGGAAAGCCCUGGGAACGGAAGGUCUCGAGGAAAGAGUUAACCGGGCUCUUGCUUUAGCUAGAUACCUGGUGGAGGAAAUUAAGAAAAGAGAAGGGUUCAGGCUGCUGUUAGAUCCAGAGUACACGAAUGUUUGCUUUUGGUACAUUCCACCAAGCUUGAGAAAUAUGGAGGAAGGCCCCGAUUUCUGGGAGAAACUUAAUCUGGUGGCUCCAGCCAUUAAAGAGAGAAUGAUGAGGAAGGGCAGCAUGAUGCUGGGCUACCAACCACACCGGGGCAAAGUCAACUUCUUCCGUCAGGUGGUCAUCAGCCCCCAGGUGAGCCGCGAGGAUAUGGACUUCCUGCUGGACGAGAUCGACCUCCUCGGCAGGGACAUGUAGCCGUGGCCGCAGGGCCCUCGCGGAGGGGGCUCCCGGAAGUGUGAUGUUUACAGAUCGAGAACGUCUGUAGCUGUUGCAUAUUUAAAAUGCUCAGGUGCCGCUGAUUAGAAUACCGCCCCACCGUACCGUGUGAAACGGAGAUGCUUAGGACGAACCCUGAGGGUGCCCCAAGGGGUCUCUGAAGCUGAGGGGAGGGAAGGGACGGUUUUGCUGGAAUGGAAAUUCUGUCCCCUAUUGCAGUCCUAGUAGAAGCGACCCCAGAGAGCCCCAUGUCCUUCCCCAGAAGGCAGUGCCGCCCUAAGGGUGUGGGCUAGUAGGGGUUGUGCGGCUCUUGAAGAGAAGAAGCCUUCGUCUAUACUGUGCACCUUCCUUAGUGAUGCAGAGGAAUGGCUGGAUACCCAGGGUGAAGUUCUCCCACCCAAAGUCUCCUCCUGCUACUGACCCCCCCAGAUUGGUCUCUGAGAAGGGGAGAUGUAGCCUGAAAGUUUAGAGGCUUUAGGCACUAGUGAAAGAUAUUUUUUUAAAAAGCGGUGAUAAAAGAUAUUUAUUUCAAAGAGGUGUCUGUCGAUGAGGCUGAUUGUGAUAAACGAUUAGAAUUAAAUACCGCACUGGGCCAUUCUGGCUUUCCUACAGAAGAAUGAGAAGGAGGAGGAGGGAAAAGCAACUCAGGUUAUUUAAUAUUGUGGGUUUUUUCAUUCAUUUCCAGGCAACCGCUCCCCCUUCCUCUCUCUGCAUGCCUGCAGUCCUGAUUUUGAACACCUCAUGUUCCCCGGCAAGCUGACCCUCUCCCCCCAACACAGACACAUACGCGCGCACGCACAACCCCCCCACCUCUCUGCCUCUCUGCAUGCCUGCAAUCCUCAUUUUGGGUCCUGCUCUAUGUUUUGGGAGAGGCUCUUUGGUCUUUGACCUCAAGGGAUAGAGAAACAUGAUUAGGUUGUUCUACUCCUGUCCUGAUCACAGAUUCUCCUUUUGAGGGCUCCAGGUAGAAAGAAGCGAGUGGGCCCCACAUAGGCUUUCCUAAUUAAAAUUCACCUAUAAGACAAGGCAUCCUAUUGGUUGUUCAGGAGUUCUAAAAUAAAGUCAGUAUUUGGCUUUCAUCCAGUAAAGAAGGUAUUUGAACAGAUUUUGCCAUCCUUUUAUUUUCUUAAGAGUCUUAGAUUCUCCCUGAGAAUUUUCCCUCCAGUUUUUUUUUUCCCCUUUGGCUCUGUUCUCUACAGUAUCUAAGUCACACUUUAGUAUUAGUUGGUUGUCUAGGGAGAUGUCUUAACUCUCUUAAUCCAUUAAGAUUCCCUUUAGUGAAAGGAUCCUUGUACCUCCUUAAGCACCUCCCUUUAGAGAAAUCAGGUAUUUCAGACCACCAGACUCUCUGGGUGGUGUUUGUUUGGGGGCUGAGGGAGAGAUGAAAAUAUAUGCUAUGUAAUUGAUUGUUUUCCUAAAUAGCUACUAACUGUGAAACUUACUUAGAAGGGUGAGGGUUUUUUUCCAUUUCUAUAGUCAGUUCUCCUGCACUGUGAUAGUGGUGUUCCUAAAGAACCUUAUAUUAAGGAAAUCUCACACACCUUUCCCGGUAAUCCACACAUGAACACAGCCAUUUCUUCUUCCACCGCACCUACCUGUGCCGACUUGUAGGUUGUACUCCGUCUGAACAGUCAUGCAACAUGGGACGAACGGUCCUUGAUUCCUCAAUAGCGUUCUAUCCGUAUUUUUAGACCUGGCCACCCCGCCCACCUAAUUCUUAUGGUCUCCAUGCCUCAAUGGGAACAUGAUGGUGGGUGAGUGCCAGCCACUAGCACUAGAAUCAAUUCCUCUAAUCAGGUUCAUUCAUUCUUUCAAUCAUUUAUUGAGGGCUUACUGUGUGCACAGCACUGUACUAAGCGCUUGGAAAGUACAAUUCAACAAUAAAGAGACAAUCCCUGCCCAAACUGGGCUUACGGAUUCUUGAUCCUGAGGUCUCAGGCUGGAGGGUAAUUUAUCAUUCCUGCAGGAGGCACCAUCAAUCAUCAUCCAAGUUGUGUAAUGAACUACUGCAGGAUAGGGGAACUGACAGUACUAUAAUCACCAUAGCAAUGACCAAGAUGACAUUUUCCAUUUCAACUCUCUAGGUUACCAACAGUUGUCUUAAAAUGUAAUGCUCUCUGUUGUCAUUUUGUGUGCGUUUCCAAUGUUGUACCACAUUCCCUUUUCCAAGCUUCAGAAUACUAUGUGGAAAGUUUAAUGGCUUAUUUUGAUCGGAGGACAAAGGGUCAGGGGGCAUAUCCCAGAAAUGGUAAGGUUUUUUCCUUGAUCUUUCCUGGGAGUGGAAGCUAAUCUUUUCUGGGAGUGAACUCUAUCUCUGAACCAGGUUUUGUGUUUCUGAAAGAGGAGUUUGUCCGCCUAAGGAAUUGACGGGAUUUGGUCUUGGGGGUUCAUGGUUUUUCAGGUAAGUUCUCGAGAUACCUCGACCGUCAUGAGAAAUGCAACUCUAUUAUCCAUUUGUCGAUUGCUUUCCACCAUUCUGCACUGAAGGGCAGAAGUGCUUAAGGAGUUAAUUUAUCAUUUUCUGCUUCCUCUUCUUAAGUUAGAUACUAUGGAACCGAACAGUUUCUUUUGGGUUUUGAGAGUCUAGCAAUUUCUGUUUUUUCCAUUUAGGGCUGAAUCUGUCAUCAGGCUCUAUAAUAAUUGGAGCAAGCUAUGGCCAUCUUGUAUUUCCACCCUUUCAGGGUGGUCAAAGUCCUUUCACCAAUUCUUUUGUUUUCUAAAACACUACAGCUCUAAUUCUGAACCACUAGCAACAUGGGAUUUGUGGGGUUUUUUCCCCCCACUGAAGCCAAUCCGAUCCUUUUUGAAAUGUUGGCACAAAAUGCUUCUGAAAUUCAUAUCUGCACUGUGUAAGCUUUCCCCAUGUGAAAAUUAAUGUGACAGCUUACAUCCUGGAGGUAACUUUAUUAACUCUGGUGUGUACUAUUUAUUGACUGAAAUCCCUCCAUCCUGGAAUGCUUCUGCUUUGAAAUUGGACUGACAUUUUAAUACGAUUGGCAUUCAAAGUAGCUUGCUAUUUUGUGGUGGAUGCGUUGAAUAAAACUGGAAAGUAAGUUAGGAAACAA